AUGGUCACAGGCGACAAUUGGACCACAGUCCAUUAUUCCAGGGCAGGAGCUCCGGUCCUCCACGCCAGCGCUUCCAGAGCCAGCAUCGCCCCCCUGGUAACGGCGGAAUGUCCCAUCCACGGCAGAGGGGCUUCCAACAGCGCCGAGGACCACAUCCUUCUGGCCGAAACGGAGGAUUCUGGCAACAACCGGACCGCUCACAGCCCCGCAACCAGUACCGCCAGCCACGUCCUCGCUCCCGGGGCUGGAAUGGGAACGGAGGACCACGGCAGCAGCACCGGUGGCUACAACCAAGGCAGCAGCAGCAGCAGCAACAGCAGCCGCAACGUCCCGCACCCCAGAGCAGACCGAACCGCACCGAUCACCAGCAAUCAGACGACCCGGAGUUCGCGGAUAAGGAUCACCACCAACCUGGCAACAGCAGUUAAACCUGCUAACCCAUCCAGCAGAACGCUGGACCUGAUUGAUGGGAAUGCCAGGAACUGGGCUUUCAACACGAUGUGCAUCUUGAGGCAACAUUACGAGGAGGUAAGAGAGGAGGAGAAACAGCGGCUCCUGACAAUGGGAGGAGACAUGCUGCGGCCAGUGGAGGUUGCUUUGAAGUGGGCCAAACGCAACCUCUGCAGGAGAUUUAACCCGGAGCAGCAGAUGAGGCGCAGGCAUCAUGAGGAGGAGCUGCAAAGAUACAGRGCUACGACUCCGUGUCCGACCACCAGGCCUUCCCCUCCUCCCUCCUUGACCUCUGAUCCUGCAUCUCAAGGACGCCUGGCUUCACUGCGACCAAGGUUGGCUCCCAUUCAACGGAGACUUCAGGUCAGCACCCAGCGCAAGCUCACCUUUGGUGUUCCGGCCUCGAUCUCCUCCACCCACAACACUACGGAGCCUGCAGUGAACCAGGCCACGACGGCAGCGAGGCAGGAAGGCAUCCUGAACAAGACCAGGAACUGGGCCCUCAACCUCGACAGGAAGUACGUCAUCGUGGGAGACUCCAACGUGSCGAGAUUUYCUAGUGUGAGCAACCCAGACCUGCAAGUUGUCAGCUUCUCUGGUGCCAGAUGGAGACAUCUGRCACACCUGUUGRGGAGGACGCCGAUCAACGAAGGUGUGGAACGCCUGAUCCUUUCCCUGGGAAUCAAUCAUAGAUCCCAGAGGAACAAGGAAGCUGUGGUGAGAGAGAUGAAGGCAGCUGUGAGAGCAGCCAGGACUAAAUGUCCCAACGCAGAUGUGUUUGUUCCUGAGAUUAAUUUCUCAUCUGCUCUGCCUCAACAAGAACAGGCAACUCUCUCUCACCUCAACACUCACAUCAUGCAGCUUCCCGGCUACAUCCCUGCACUGAGGAAGUCGUCCUUCACGGUGGCCAGGGACCAGAUCCACUGGACCAAGGCCACUGCAUCCCGUCUGCUCAGCCACUGAGUCUUAGUGCGACGCUCGGGAAGAGGGCAGCAGAUGUCACGGCCGGCUAACAUCAU